GCCGGGGCCGAGCAGCGUCGUCAAAGAGACAACAACAGUGACCCGCUCGGGAGCUCCGGACUUCUCCGCCCUGCCAAUGGAUGUUUUGUGAGAGCACAGCCCCGCGGUAUCACCUCCACGUUUCAGCCCCAUGAAGGAGCUCCGUCCCGGCUGAGUUUGGGAGAUGGGGGUACUCAACAUCGCAGACCAGCCUCCUCUGGUCCAGGCCAUCUUCAACCGCAACGCUGAAGAAGUCCAACAAUUAUUGCACAAAAAGGAGGAUGUCAAUGCACUGGACCACGAGCGCCGUACGCCGCUUCAUGCUGCUGCCUGCAUGGGGGACGUGCACAUCAUGGACCUGCUCCUUGAGUCGGGUGCCAAUGUGAACGCGAAAGACCACAUAUGGUUGACCCCUUUGCACAGGGCCGCCGCCUCCAGGAAUGAAAGGGCCGUGGGUCUGCUGCUGAGGCGCGGCGCCGAGGCCAACGCCCGCGACAAGUUCUGGCAGACGGCGCUCCACGUGGCCGCCGCCAACCGGGCCAGCCGCUGCGCCGAGGCCCUGCUGAGCCAGCUGAGCAACCUGAACAUGGGGGACCGCACCGGCCGCACCGCCCUGCACCACGCCACCCAGAGCGGCUUCCAGGAGAUGGUGAAGCUGCUGCUGAACAAAGGCGCCAACCUGAGUGCCAUCGAUAAGAAGGAGAGACAGCCGGUCCACGCCGCCGCCUACUUGGGUCACGCGGAGGUUGUGAAGCUGCUGGUGUCGCGCGGCGCGGACCGGAGCUGUAAGGACAAGCAGGGCUACACGCCCCUCCACGCCGCUGCCGCCAGCGGUCACAUCGAAAUCGUGAAGUACCUGCUGAGGAUGGGGGCGGAGAUUGACGAGCCCAACGGUUUCGGGAACACGGCGCUCCACGUGUCGUGCUACAUGGGGCAGGAGGCCGUGGCCACCGAGCUGGUCAACCACGGGGCCAACGUCAACCAGCCCAACAGGUGCGGCUACACGCCGCUGCACCUGGCCGCCGUCUCCACCAACGGCGCCCUCUGUCUGGAGUUGCUGGUCAACAACGGGGCAGACGUCAACCAGCAGAGCAAAGAAGGGAAGAGCCCUCUGCACAUGGCAGCCAUUCAUGGACGCUUCACACGCUCGCAGAUCCUCAUCCAGAACGGUGGCGAGAUCGACAGUGUGGAUCGAUAUGGCAAUACUCCUCUCCAUGUCGCUGCUAAGUACGGCCAUGAGCUGCUCAUCAGCACUUUGAUGACCAACGGCGCCGACACGGCCAGACGCGGGAUCCACGGAAUGUUCCCCUUGCACCUCGCUGUGCUCUACGGGUUUUCAGACUGUUGUCGCAAGUUACUCUCCUCAGGUCAGCUGUACAGCAUCGUCUCCUCCAUGAGCAAGGAGCACGUGCUGUCGGCAGGGUUCGACAUCAACACCCCGGACAACUUUGGGAGGACCUGUCUGCACGCUGCUGCCUCCGGAGGAAAUGUUGAAUGUCUGAACUUGCUCCUAAGCAGCGGUACGGACCUGAACAGGAGGGACCUAAUGGGAAGAACCCCAUUGCACUACGCGGCUGCUAACGGGAGGUACCAGUGCACUGUGACGCUGGUGAGCGCCGGCGCCGAGAUCAACGAGCCCGACCAGACAGGCUGCACCCCCCUGCACUACUGUGCAGCUUCACAAGCCUUCGGCAGAAUCGAUGGACACUUUCCCGGGAGUCAUCAGCAUGAUGAAGAGGAUGUGAAAGAGUCCUACUUCUGCCUGGAGCAUCUUCUUGACAACGGCGCGGACCCUUCCAUGGUCAACGCCAAGGGUUUCAGCGCUGUUCACUAUGCAGCUUAUUAUGGCAACACACAGAAUCUGGAGCUGCUGCUGGAGAUGUCCUUUAAUGCACUAGGAGACAUAGAGAGCAGUAUUCCCAUCAGUCCCCUGCAUCUCGCUGCCGAGCGGGGCCACUGGCAGGCGCUGCGCGUGCUGACAGAAACCGCCGCCUACGUGGAUAUGCAAGAUGCCGCCGGGCGCUCUGUGCUGUACGUGGCCGCCCAGAAGGGCCACGCCCGCUGUGUCGAGGUGCUCCUCUCCCAGGGGGCCUCCUGUCUCAUCAACGACAACAGCUUCAUUUGGACCCCAAUUCAUGUUGCAGCUGCUCACGGUCACUCCGACUGCCUGCGCAAGAUGAUCGAAUGCGGCGAGGAGGGCGACCUCGCCAACGUCGUGGACAAGUUCGGCCAGACCCCGCUGAUGCUCGCCGUUCUCGGGGGCCACACGGACUGUGUCUGCUUCCUGUUGUCGAAGGAGGCCUUGCCCGACGCCAAGGACAAGAGAGGCAGCACGGCGUUGCACAGAGGGGCGUCGCUGGGCUACGACAACUGCGUGACGGCCCUGCUGGAGCACAAAGCGUCCGCGCUGUGUCGCGACAUCCUGGGUCGGACGCCGCUGCACUACGCCGCCUCCAGGGGGCACGUCAAGGUUCUGAUCAGUCUGGUGCAGGCCGCCGCGGCGACGGAGCCACAAGACAAACUGCUGGACAACAAACGAUUCACCCCGCUACACUGGGCUGCUUACAAAGGGCAUGAAGACUGUUUGGAGGUUUUACUUGAAUUUAAAACAUUUAUCCACGAAGAGGGAAACCCUUUCACCCCCCUGCACUGUGCUCUGAUGAAUGGCCACAGCGGUGCUGCCGAGCGCCUUCUUGAAUGUGCCGGAGUCCACAUGAUGAACACCAGAGAUGCCAAAGGAAGGACCCCGCUGCAUGCUGCUGCGUUUGCCGAGGACGUCGCGGGGCUCCAGCUGGUGCUUCGCCACGGGCCGGAGAUCAAUGCGGUGGACAACAGCGGCCGGUCGGCUCUUAUGGUGGCUGCCGAUAAGGGGAACAGCGGCACCGUGGCCAUCCUCCUUCACCGGGCGAAAGCUGACCUCACACUGCUGGAUGAGAACAAGAACACUGCCCUGCACCUGGCCUGCAACAAGGCUCAUGAGAUGUGCGCUCUGCUGAUUCUGGGAGAGAUCCACAGUCCCACCCUCGUGAACACGACCAACAGUGCUCUGCAAAUGCCCCUCCAUCUUGCAGCUCGUAACGGCCUGGCCACAGUGGUGCAGGCGCUGCUGAGCAGAGGAGCUACUGUGCUGGCUGUGGACGAGGAAGGCCACACCCCAGCUCUGGCCUGCGCCCCCAACAAGGACGUGGCCGACUGCCUGGCCCUGAUCCUCUCCACCAUGAAGCCUUUCCCCCAACUGGACCCUUCCUCCUGCUCCUGCUCGCCCCCCGGCGUCUCCCCCUCGCCGGGCCUCAACCUGCUCAAGCACUGCGGCAUCACGGCCACCUGCGCCCCGCUGCCCAGCAACGGCCUCCACAACGGCUACGUCAAGGACCGCCACGGCGCUCCCGUCGCCCUGGACGGCUGCCUGUCCGAGUGAGGACGCCACCACCGAGGGGCGUCUCCCUUUAACGUGGCCCGGAGGACCAGGAGAGCACCCGCCCACAUAUCUAUUCUGUGACUAUUUACAUUGUAGAUUGUCACUGAAAGCAUCAAAACUAUUGACACCUGUGAAGUGAAAACCAUUUCAGGUGACUACCUCUUGAAGCUCAUCGAGAGAAUGCCAAGAGUGUGCAAAGCAGAGUUGCAAAGUUGUUUGAUUAAAAUCAAUAAAAACAUGAACAUUACGACUUAAUGUUCACAAUAUUUCAAA